CCUAGGAGUUGGGUAAUGCUGUGGGACACGGCUCUCCUAUGUUCCUCUUUGAGUAUUGACUUGAUGUGUGCAGAGAUAGAAGCGUUCCCACAUAUGCGGCCCGAGUGUAGAGUUUGGAGGAAGAUGAAGGCCCGCGCCCCCCCUCCUCCUGGAAAGCCCACCACGGCGGAUGUGCACAGCAAUCAGAAGCCUCCCCGGGACGUGUCCCCCGGCCCCCCGCAGAACCUGCUGCACAUGAAGGAGAACUUGAGGAACAGCACAGUGGCGGUCACCGUGGUUCUGCCCAGCGGGCUGGAGAAGAAGAGUGUGGUCAGUGGCAGCCACGCGAUGAUGGACCUACUGGUUGAGCUCUGCCUCCAGAACCACCUGAACCCGUCCCACCACGCCCUCGAGAUCCGGUCUUCGGAAACCCAACAGCCUUUGAGUUUUAAGCCAAAUACUUUAGUUGGGACCCUGAAUGUGCACACUGUAUUUCUCAAAGAGAAAGUUCCCGAAGAGAAGGUGAAGCCUGCCCCACCCAAGGCACCUGAGAAAUCUGUGCGCCUGGUAGUGAAUUACCUGCGAACCCAAAAGGCUGUUGUGCGUGUGAGCCCCGAAGUGCCGCUCCAGAACAUUCUGCCCGUCAUCUGUGCGAAGUGUGAAGUCAGCCCAGAACACGUGGUUCUUCUCAGGGACAACAUUGCCGGGGAGGAGCUGGAACUUUCCAAGUCCCUCAGCGAGCUGGGGAUAAAGGAGCUCUACGCGUGGGACAACAAACGAGAAACUUUUAGAAAAUCCUCGCUUGGCCAUGAUGAGACAGAUAAAGAGAAGAAAAAGAUUCUGGGAUUUUUCAAGGUUAAUAAAAGAAGCAGUAGUAAGGCCGAGCAGAUCGGGCGGUCCGGGGUGGACAGUGAUGAGGACACCUCACAGUCUGCUUUGGGAAGGGGCUCAAACGGCUACCUGACGACACCCAACUCCCCGUCAGUGAACUCUCGCUCCGUCACGUUGGGCCCAUCGCUGUCGCUCAGCAACAUCUCAGGGGUAUCUGUGAGAUCGGACCUGAAGAAGCGGCGGGCACCCCCUCCCCCAACCCUGCCGGGCGCGGGGCCACCAGCGCAGGACAAAGUCUCGGAAAAGGUGUCUCUAGGGUCCCAGGUUGACCUGCAGAGAAAGAAGAGGCGGGCACCAGCCCCUCCGACGCCGCAGCCCCCGACACCGCAGCCCCCAACGCAGCAGCCCCCAACGCCGCCGAGCCCCCUGGUGCCCCCUCGCACACAGGACAGGGAGGAGAACAGGAAGAGCGCCACGGGUGUUGGACGGCAGGUGCCACAAAAACCUCCCAGAGGCUCUGCUCGGGGGCCCCCCCAGUUAGUGCUCCCCCCACCCCCGCCCUACCCUCCUCCCGACACAGACAUGGCGGAGCCUCUCAGCUUUCCCGAGGAGAGUGCUGGUUCCGAGGCCUCGGACCUGAGACCCACACUGAGCCUGCCCCUGGGCCCCAGCAGUCCCUGCGGCACAGACAGGGUCCCGCCGGUGCUGUCUGAGGCCGAGGAGACAGUGUCUGUCAGCAGCUGUUUUGCAUCAGAAGACACAGCUGAGGACUCUGGAGUGGUGAGCUCCCCAUCAGACAUCAUCUCCCUGGACUCCCAACACGACAGCUUGAAAUCCAAAGAUAAGUGGGCCACAGACCAAGAAGACGGCAGUGACCAGGACCUGGCUGGAACUCCAGAACCGGGUCCCCACAAGAGCCCCACGUGGGAGAGGAACAACUCUGGGAACUGGCAUCCAAGACCCGAAGUGACUAUAACCUCCAGUGGCGAAGAAGACCUGUUUCUCACCGGGCAGUUCCAGAAGACCCUCGAGGAGCUGGAUGAAGAGCUGGAAGAACUGGAAGAAAGCUCCGAAGCUGGCAGCAGCCUGCCGACAGGCUCCGUGAAUGGCGUGUCCCCUCCCUGUGUGCCAGAAGCCACCGUCCCCAAGUUCGAUGAGGACACCAUCCCAGUCACCUUCAUCGGGGAGGUUUUCGAUGACCCUGUAGAUUCGGGGGUGUUUUCCAAUAGAAACAACAACGCUGGUUCUUUUGACCUAGGGGGCACAGUGGGCCUGGAAGCCCCCCCGCUGCCACAUCAGGGGGAGCACAGCCAGCAGCAGGGAAGGAGGGCAGAAGGGCCCGGCUCACCCGCCCCUCCCCACGACAUCGGGAAAGAAAGCAAACCCACCCCAUCCGACCCCUGUGAGGCUGUGAAUCUGACUAAAAUGGAGCCCAAGGUGACUGCAGCAUUUCCCGAGGGGCCUGGCUCUGCCCUCGGUGGGAAGACGCAGGCCAGCAAGAAGGCAAGUGCCCAGCCAGUGAGGGACAGCGGAGGUGAGGGUAAGAGCUGUGGCUCGGCGCCACCAUCGUGGUAUCAACGGGGCCAAAACCCAGGGGGAAGUUACGGACUUAGAUACGGCCUCACGACGUAUAAAAUCGUUCCUCCGAAAUCAGAGGUGAGGUGUUAUGACAGAGGGGUCUCUCUCUCAACGGGUGCCAUCAAGAUCGAUGAGCUCGGGAAUCUGGUGAGUCCCCGCGUGAACGGGGGCAGGACCACAACCCUGUCGCCAUCCACCCUUGACUCGGAAACCCAACCCAUUGGAAAGGUCAAAGAAUUCUGGAGGUCCAACUCCCUAGAGAAACACUCUGGCCAGCCCACGGAGGGCUCCGCCAAGAGGACCCCCACUGCCGCCACGCCAGCAAAGCCACAGCCUCAAGAAAGCAGACUCCCAGGACCCCAAGUGACGUCGCCCCCGCAGCAGUCUGCCCAUCGAGAAGAGGGAAGACAUCCAGAGGAGGGCGGAAGCCGGCCACCCGUGCAAGCCCCUGGUCAUGGGAAAGUGCCAGCAGCGAACACCACAGAAGUCCCAUUUCUCAAGCCUCAGAGAAGAACAUCCAGUCAGUACGUGGCCUCUGCCAUUGCCAAGAAGAUGGGGCCCCAGAAAGCCCCGGCUGAUGUGGUGAGGAAGCAUGGGCAUGCCAAGGAGACCUGGGAAGGCAGAGCACCAGAGCUGGACGGACCGCCUCCCGCGAGGAGAGAUGACACAGCCCCCAGGCCAUACCCAGACACACGCUCCCCCACCGAGAGUGAAGCCUCAGCAGUAGGAGCCCUGCCCAGAGCACAGGACAGCAGCCCUCUGGGAAAGCUGUGCACUCCAGACUGUCCUGCUGGUGUCCACAGAGGUCCCCACGUCCCGCCUGUCAGAAAUCACGUUUCUGUGACACAAAGCUGGAGCCUCAGGGGAAAGCUGAGCACCAGGAACCCUGGGACCAGCUCAGCUUCUGCCCCCAAGUACACACUGGAGGGUCCAGAGCCCCCGCCUCCCCGCCCAGGAGAUGAUCAGACCCCGGGCAGGACCCUGGUGAAUGGCUCCCGGUGGGUCCCCAUCCACGCUGAGCCUCCUUGCUCUCCGAGAGGGUCCAGCACGAAUAACCACACCCAACAGGAGCCCCCAGAGCACGAGGAAAAGCCCAGUUUGUUGUGCACAGACAUGCCUGAGACAGAUGGUACGCUGCCAUCCAGCAUCUUUGGGCCAAAGAAGAAAUUCCGACCCGUGGUCCAGAGGCCAGCCCCAAAAGACACGUCGCUGCACAGCGCUCUUAUGGAAGCCAUCCACUCGGCGGGAGGGAAGGACAGACUUCGCAAGAUUGCGGAGCACACGUCCGAGGGAGGGCCCAGGAAGCCGUCCUCCACGGAGACAGAGGGCGAGCGCUCCGCGCUGCUGGCGGCCAUCCGAGGGCACCGCGGUGCCUGCAGCCUGCGGCAGGUGUCAUCCUUCGCCUCUGAGGAGCUGCGGAGCUUCCGGGUCGCCAAGCCGUCCUCGGAGCCACCUGGACAGCGUGACCUUGGCCUUCCGCCCCCGCCCUCCCUGCCGCCCCCGCCCCCGCCCCCGCCCUCAUCGGCCACACAGGUUCCCUCCACGUCCAGGACGGCGGCCAGGUCCAGCUCCGGAGACCCCGCUGAAGCCAGGCAGGCCCUGAUGGACGCCAUCCGCUCCGGCACGGGGGCCGCAAGAUUGAGAAAGGUGACAGUGAAUGACCGUGCGAGCACUCGUGGGGGGCGGGGGGGAGGCCACCCAGGAGCUACCCGGCAGUGAGAUGAUCACCCGUGUCCCUCACCCCAGGGACCAGAGGGAGGUGGCCCUCACCAGGUGGGGAUCAGCCCACAGACUAGCUCCUGGGGACACAGGGGGACCCCCACUACAUGGGGAACCCCUAACUGCAUCUCCACCACCCACUCUGACUACGGUCUGGCGGGGAUGUAGGCAGUGGCCCAUGGAGAGCGCAUGUCACCCUUGUAGUUCCGCAGCCUGGAUUAGGCUCUCAGCAUAUUUCCUGUGUUUUCUUUCUCUCUUUAUUUCUGGUUGGGGGGGAGAGCUAGCAUUGUGUUCCAAAUGCUUGAGUUUAAAGCCCCCUGGGCAGAGCCUGUGCUUACUGUUCUGAGGCUACUUCCGUAGGGUCUUACACUGGCCCCCACGUUUGUCACACCCCACACUCCCCAAAGCAGUGGUGUUUGUGCCACCACGGUGGGAAUCCCAGACUCAAGGACUCCCCGGUCGCGUGGCUUCUGGGAUCACUUUCAGCCCCAAAAUGAUUCUGGACACAGACUGAUUCUCUGUCCCUGCCCAUUGCUGGUGGGUUUGGGAAGUUCUGCUAAUGAUAGGGGGGCUGGCGAGAGGUAUUAUUUCGUGCAAGACCAUUUCCAGAGUGGAAGCUCCUGUUUUCACAGGGACAAGAGGUCAGGACUGAGAUGAACCCUUGGUGCAUAUGGAAAGGGCAUGAGGUUCAGAAAAUCUGAGUGGCUCAGCCUUGGUCCCACAGGACCAAUGCAGACAGGGCUCUGUGCAGACAGGGCUCCGUGAGGACAUGGAAAGUACUGGAAAGCAAGUGUCCAUUGUGGGAGAGGAAGUGGCUCUUGGGACAGGGCAGAGCUGCUGGGAGAUCACUCCCCUGCUGCUCUCUGCACCUCCUCCCCACCACAGGAGUCUGUGACAGCAGAGGAGAGGGGAGAAGACCCCCUCCCUGCAGGCAGCAAGCCCACAAUGGGCAGUCCUCACUCAAGCCCAGAGAUGGUCAGUGUUCUUACCCAGUGCACGCAUGGCCUGACCCCCCGCCCCACCACCUGGCCGCUCCCCGCAUCUUUCCUCCUCAUGCGCCACCCCCAGGUGUCAUCCCUGUGUGACAUGAGGCAUUCCCAGCUGUGUGUGCGUGUGAUCCGUGGGAGGGAUCCGUACAUCGGCUGUCAGGCCUGCUGAUCCUGGGGUAUGAGUUUAAGGUUCUCAGAGUGGAAUCCAUCUGACAUUUCCGUCCUGAUCCAGAUCUGGGGGUGGGCGGUGGGCCUCCGAGCUGCAGGUUCCUAGUGUUUGCCCAGUGACUUCACCUUCAGAGCGGAGCUACUCUGCACCUGCGCUGGACUUCGGGUGACGCUGAACACGCUGGUUUGACCACGGACUGGACGCCAGCUUGUGAACAGAUUUCUGGAUCUUUCCAGAAUAGCUGUCCAGGGAGCCGGGCCCAGAGAGCUGGAAAGUUGGCCUGAAGGGGCACAGCUAGGCAGUGGGAGACCACGGCAAGUCUAACGCUCCGGCUCGGACUUCCGGAGAGAAAGAAAAAUCCAAAUUUGGGAGUUGUGCAGAGGAGCAGGAAGUCGUUUGUGCCCUGAGAAAGGAGGCCGGGAGCGAUGCUGAGGACUGGGGGGGGGGGGGUAGAUGGGGCAGGUGGGCACUGGGGAGCGCAGCUGGGUCCGCAUGCGUCUGGACCUGAGCGGGGCUGCUGCAGGAGAGGUCCUGAGCCAUCGGGUUCUGGCUGUGGCCGAGGCCAGGCCCUUCUCUCUCACCGUCGCUGCUUGCUUUCUGCGGCUUCAAACUGCAUUUAUAUGGCACUCCUGAGACUUGGAUGGCCUGAACAGUUUACAAGACGCCCUUGGGCAAAACUGACCAGGAGGAGUGUGACACGGGGGACCAUUUCCCUUUGCUCUCUGUCACCGCUCUGCCCAACUGCGUUGCCACGUGCGUGGAUGACUUCAGAGCUGAACGUACAGGACUGGGUCACUGCUCUAUCUGGUGACACUGGGACUCCUCCACGCCCUUGCACUCUGCAUCUCAGAAUCACUCAUGUAAGACCCGCUGAUGGACAUGGGACCCUGGAGGGCAGGCCCUGGGUAGUCCGCAUGCCCACCUAUGUAUUCUUCUUGAAAGCCUGGUUAAAUGGCACUUCUCUGCCGUCCGUGGACCUUACGGAUCUCCGCUGGCUUUGCCACACUUGCUUUCUGGGGUGUGUGUUACAGCAGGUGAAUCUCAAAACAUUUAUACUUUGCUUACUA